CAUUUCCUACACGGAUCUGACCGCUGGCCUUCGCAUAGCAGUAGGCCAGUGUUGAUUGUCGAAGGAGGGUUCAUUGGUUUGGUCAUCUCUAGGGCUUAGCUUGCCGAUACCGAGCUUAGGCGACCCAUCUAGCCUAGGACUCAAAAUCAUUUCACUAAAAGCGGUUCAGUGGGACGUUUAGGGGGCACUAAUAAGUUGCCCUGCAGCCUAGAGGGUGUAAAAAAGAGAAGAAAGCUGUGGGCCAACAUUAAUGUUGGAAAUUCGCAGGGAUGGCUUUGAAGAUUGUUAAGGGGAGCAUCGAUCGGAUGUUUGAUAAAAACCUCCAGGAUUUGGUGCGUGGCAUUAGGAACCAUAAGGAUGACGAGGCAAAAUACAUCUCUACCUGCAUCGAUGAAAUCAAACAGGAGCUGAAGCAGGACAACAUUGCUGUGAAAGCCAAUGCCGUCUGCAAACUUACCUACUUACAGAUGCUUGGCUAUGAUGUCAGCUGGGCAGCCUUCAACAUCGUGGAAGUCAUGAGCUCCUCCAAGUUCACGUUUAAGAGAAUUGGUUACUUGGCUGCCUCCCAGUGCUUUCAUGAGGGGACUGAUGUCAUCAUGUUGACAACCAACCAGAUUCGUAAGGACCUCAGCAGUCCUAAUCAAUAUGAUACUGGUGUUGCCCUGACUGGACUCUCCUGCUUUGUGACUCCGGAUCUUGCUCGCGACUUGGCCAAUGACAUCAUGACCUUAAUGUCCCACACUAAGCCUUACAUCCGGAAGAAAGCUGUGCUGAUCAUGUACAAGGUGUUCCUGAAGUACCCCGAGUCUCUGCGGCCAGCGUUUCCCAGGCUGAAGGAGAAACUAGAGGAUCCUGAUCCAGGUGUCCAGUCGGCAGCAGUGAAUGUCAUCUGUGAGCUGGCCAGAAGAAAUCCCAAGAACUACUUGUCUCUUGCCCCCCUCUUCUUCAAGCUGAUGACCUCCUCUACCAACAACUGGGUGCUGAUUAAAAUCAUUAAACUGUUUGGAGCCCUCACACCACUUGAGCCACGACUAGGGAAGAAGCUGAUUGAACCACUCACCAACCUCAUUCACAGCACUUCUGCCAUGUCCCUUUUAUAUGAAUGUGUGAACACUGUCAUUGCAGUUUUGAUAUCGCUGUCCUCUGGGAUGCCCAACCACAGUGCUAGUAUUCAGCUCUGUGUGCAGAAGUUGCGAAUCCUGAUCGAAGACUCGGACCAGAACUUGAAAUAUCUAGGUCUGUUGGCCAUGUCCAAGAUCCUGAAAACUCACCCAAAGUCUGUGCAGUCGCACAAGGAUCUCAUUCUGCAGUGUCUCGACGAUAAAGACGAGUCCAUUCGGCUCCGGGCCCUGGACCUGCUCUAUGGAAUGGUAUCUAAGAAGAACUUGAUGGAGAUUGUGAAGAAACUCAUGCUGCAUGUGGACAAGGCAGAGGGUACAACUUACCGAGACGAGCUACUCACCAAAAUCAUUGACAUAUGCAGUCAGAGCAACUACCAGUACAUCACCAACUUCGAAUGGUACAUCAGCAUUUUGGUGGAGCUCACAAGGCUUGAAGGUACUCGGCACGGGCACCUCAUCGCCUCCCAGAUGCUGGACGUGGCCAUCAGGGUCAAGGCCAUCCGAGGCUUCGCUGUGGCUCAGAUGGCCACGCUACUGGACAACGCCCACCUGCUGACGGGCAACACCCAGCGCAACGGCAUCUGCGAGGUGCUGUACGCCGCAGCCUGGAUCUGUGGAGAGUUUUCUGAACAUCUGGAAGACCCGAAGCAGACUCUGGAGGCGAUGCUCCGUCCGAAAGUGGCGACCCUGCCAGGCCACAUCCAGGCGGUGUACGUGCAGAACGCGGCCAAACUGUUUGCCACCGUGCUCAAGGGUCAGGAGGGGAACCCAGACGCGCAGGCCGUCACCCAGGAGACCAGCCAGCUGAUGAUUGAAAGGCUUCCACUGUUUGUGCAGAGUGCGAAUCUGGAGGUGCAGGAGAGGGCUUCUUGUAUCCUGCAGUUGGUGAAGUACAUCCAAAAGUUGCAACUGAAGGAAGUUGAGGUUGCAGAGGAGGUGACGGCAUUGUUUGCUGGCGAGCUCAACCCUGUGGCUCCCAAAGCUCAGAAAAAAGUGCCUAUUCCUGAGGGGCUGGACCUGGAUGCUUGGAUUAAUGAGCCGCCCUCAGAGAGCGAGUCUGAAGAUGAAAAGCCCAAAGCUGUUUUUGCGAAGGAGGAACCAAAGCAUUCACGAACUCGCCACACCGAAGUAGACGAGAAGGAAUUGGCCAGGCGGAGGGAAGCAAGGAAACAGGAGCAGGCAAACAAUCCGUUCUAUAUCAAGGCCUCACCAUCCUCACAAAAGAUUUAUCAGGAAGCUUCAGGUGUGGAACACAUUCCAGUGGUGCAGAUUGACCUCAGUGUGCCUCUGAAAGUGCCAGGCAUGCCCUUAUCUGACCAGUAUGUGAAAAUGGAAGAGGAGCGUCGGCAAAAAGAAAAGGACGACAAGAAGAAAAAAGAGAAGAAGAAAAAGCGAGAGAAGCGCGGACGGGGUAAGCACAUGGACUCUGCCCCAGAGAGUGAGGAGGACAUCACCCCAGCUCACCACGUGGACAUCGUCACAGAGGAGAUGCCAGAGAAUGCCUUACCCAGCGAUGAGGAUGACAAAGAUCCCAAUGAUCCCCACAAAGCUUUGGAUAUAGACCUGGACAGCUUAAAAGCCCGACCUUUAGCAGACAGUGAGAAGCUGCCUGCCAGGACACACCGCUCUGCUGAGAGCCUGAAGAGUCCCGCAGGAGAUAGAGACGAGACUGUCACACCUGAACCCAAGAAGAAGAUCAGGAAAGAAAAGAAAGAGAAGAAGAAAGUGAAGGACAAGGAGAAAAUUAGGUCUUCAGAAGAUAAGAAGCAUAAAAAGAAGCAGAAGCAGGACCCUGGAGAGGGGGAGGAGGAGGAGGAGGUUCAUGUAAAGGUAGAAGCUGAAACGUUGGUGAAAACUGAGGACUCUGAGCCCACUGAGUCUUUGCCUCCUUCGGCACCCACAGACGCCUCUGAUCUGGAUUUCUGGCUCACAACUGACCCUGCUCCCUCUGGGGCCCAGGUGGAGAAGGCGGCAGCAGCCAGCACCCCAGAGGAAGCCACAGGUGCGGAACCAGUAGAGGUCAAAGGUCAAACGGAGCCAGAUGAGGAGAUGAAAUCUAAGCAUAAGAAGAAGAAAACAAAAAAAGAGAAGGAUGACAUGGAUAAGAAGAAGAAGAAGAAAAAGAGGCACCACCAUCACCAUAGUGACCGGGAGGAGACCGAAUCCGUCCAGAACGGCACAGUGGAAGAGGAGGAGGAAGAGGAACCCCUUCCGCCAAUGUCAAAUUACGACUUGCUUGCUGAGAACGACUUCAUUAAGAUGGUGUAUGACAUUCAAGGCAAUCUGCAGGAUGGCAGCCAAGUAGUGGUCUCAAUCAUUUUUCAAAACAAGACCAGUGACUUUGUCAAGUCAAUGGAGUUCAAUGUCUUAGACUCCCUGAACUCGAAGCUCCAGAGGCCUGAGGGAUCAACCCCACACGAUGGUCUGACCGUUCCAUUUCAACUCCCACCAGGGGUUUCAAACGAGGCACGCUUUGUUUUUUCCGUGCAAAGCAUUGUCAUGCCUCAGAAGCUGAAAGGAACACUUUCCUUCAUUGUUAAGUCAGAUGACUCCUCUACUCAUGAGAAACUGGACUUCAAAUUGCACUUUACCUGCACAUCAUACCUGAUCACCACACCCUGCUACAGUGAUGCAUAUGCAAAACUCCUGGAGUCGGGAGAACUGAAGAGCAGCAGUCUGAAGCUGGAGGGGGUGAGCAUGCCUUUCCAUCACCUGCUGGCCAGGAUCUGCUUCCAUCACCACUUCUCUGUUGUGGAGAGGAUCGACUCCUGUGCUUCCAUGUACAGCAGGUCAAUUCAGGGUCACCACGUCUGUCUCUUGGUCAAAACGGCUGCUGAGACGGUGUCCAUCGAUGCCAAGUGUGACGAGGUGGGCCUGCUGGAGAACGUACUGGAGGAGAUCAAGCAGACCUUCUCCCAGUGCUGAUUCCAUUGAAGAUCAAGCAGACCUUCUCCCACUGCUGAUUCCAUUGAAGAUUGUUGCUGACCUAUUAGCAUUCCUACUUGUUUAACUUGUCAUUCAUUAACACACACACACACACACACACACACACACACACACACACACACACACACACACACACACACACACACACACACACACACACACACACACACACACACCCCAGUAUAACUCUCCCUUUCCCACACCCAUUGGUUUUCUACAUUCCUUAGUUUCUCCCCCACAUCUAUUUGUGAUUGUGUUUAUGUCAACUCCUUACACCAGUUGUAGCUGGCAGACCUUUUCAACAUUUGCAAGGCUAUAAAAAAAUCCGUCAUAAAAUAUUUGCAUCUUUUGCUCUUAAAUCAACUUUUCUUCACCAAUAACGCUACAAUUAUGUCCAAGGGCAUUGUGCUUAUGUUAUUCGUCCACUGUACAAUGUCCCUGUAUCACCAGUGGCUCUGGGACGAUGAACUGGAUGUGGUUUGCAUUUGUUUUGUAUUGACUUUGUGUCUGAUUGUAUCACCUGCUCCCUCCCCCCUCCCCCCACUCAAAUCCGUUUGUACCUUUCAGUCUUUACAUUAAACAUUAGCAUGCACAGUC